AUGGUGGCGCAAAUCCCCGUAUGCCGCGCGCUCAUGGCCUGCGCCGCUGCCCGGCUGGCCGUGCAGCGCUCCCAGCCCUUCCCCAGCUGCGAGGCAAGUGCAAGGCGUGGUCCGGCUCUGGGGUGGGCAGCUGGAGGGCCCUGCCAGGCAGGCUGGCAUUUGCCGGCAGCCAGCCGGGAUUCAGGGGCGGAGGUCUCUGCAGCGGAGCUGGCGGACAUGACUCAUCUGCUGGUGCAGGUGGCGUGGUGGCUUGCGGCGGCGCCAGCGGCGCUUGCGGCCGCGCUGGCCGCCCACGAGGCGGCCCACCUGCUCACCGCUCGCGUGCUGGGCCUGGCGGCGCACAUGCGUGCGGGCCCUGCCGCCAUCCUGAGAGUGCUGGACCCUCGACCGCCUGGCUACCAGGCGUCCUGCUGGUACCACCUGCCGCACGUGACUGUCGCCGCUGAGGGCUGUACCGCGGAUGCCAGGGCUGGCGCCGGCACCAGCCGCGCCGCCGCCCUGUGGUGGACGCGCCACGCCGGCUGGCUGGCCAGCGCGGCGCUGGCGGCGGCGGCGUGCUGGGCCCACGCCACGUGGGCCGCGGCCACGCCCCCCGGCCUGGCCGUGGCUCUGCACGCGGCGUGCUGCGCCAGCCUGCUGGUGCUGGCCUGCGCGCUGCCCACCGACCUCUGCGGGCGUGCCGCCUCUGGGGCCGGCACCCCCGGCAUCCACGCUUUCUUCUGCGGCAACCUGGGCCUGCUGCUGGCCUCCAUGACGGCAGCAGCCGAGGCAGGAAUAGACCCUUUGGAAGUGCUGGAGCGCCAGUGCACCAUCUCUAUGAUGAGAGGGGCCCAGUCCGGUGGCCUGGUCACCCUCGUGUCCAAGGGAAAGCGCAGCGGCGGCGCCGGCGGCCUGGCGGCCGCGCCCUGGCUGCAGGUGGCGGGCGUGCGGCGCCGCGUGGCGCCUAGCAAGCGGCAGAGCCUGGCGGUGCUGCUGGACAGGCAGUUCCGCCGCGCCACGGGCCCACGCGCGCAGCACCCCGGCGGCUACGGCCUGUUUGUAGGCGACUACGAUUUCUCCCGUGAUGCGGCGGGAUGGUACCGCACCCACCACGAGAUCUCGCGCUUCCUGGCCGCGGUCCUGGACUGCCCGCCGCCGGCCAAGUGCGACAGCAUCAACAUCGCGGGCAUGCUGGAGCUGCACCGCACCCAGGGUAUGUGGGCCGCCUCGCUGCGCCUGGCGCUCGUGGAGGUAGCGGGCGUGCCGUUUGAGGCCGUGGCGGCCACGCCGGCGGCGGCGUCGCUGGCCCGCGCAGCCCACAUGCCCCCUCCUCCCAGCAACGGCAACGGCCACACGCACCCUCCUCCCGGCAACGGCAAGGUGGCGGGCGGCGGCGCGAUCGCGGAGGAUGUGGAGGCGGGCGUCGCGGCGGGCGCCGCCGUGGCCAGCGCUGCUGAGCUGGCGGCCCUGGGCGCUGUGUUGGACAAAGCGUUUGCGGAUUUUCUGGCGGCGCGGGACAGUACCGCGCGCCUGGGCGUGGCCUGGGGCGUGGGCGACUGGAAAGAACUGGAGGAGGUCAAGGAGGUGCGGCGGCGGGUGGUACCGCCCGGCGCCGAGGCACGGCGCCUGCUGUCGGCCGUCGGCGGCGCGGCGGGGGCGCGCGGGCUGGCGGCGCGGCUAGCGGCCGCGCUGCGCUCCGCGCUGUGCGACAAGGGGGCCAGCAGUGCCACGCCGCGCCUGCCGGCCUGGAUGGGAGACGCCAGCCCGGAGGCCCUAGCCACAGCAGCCCUGCACAACUUCAUCCAUGCAGACCUACACACAGCGCUGGUGCGCGUCCUCCGGCAGGGCAAGGGCAGCUUCGGGGUAGCUGCCAUCUGCACGCUGGAUACCGACCGCAUCUGCCUGGCCGCCUGGUGAGGCCUGGUGCCGGCCACAGUGGAUGUGCUGCUGGUGGGGGUGGAGGUGUCGCUGUGGCUGGCCGAGCAGUUUGCGGCUGACCUCAAGACGCUGUUCCCGGGGCUGCGCGUCGCCGCCAUCUCCGCCAACAAGGUGAUCGGCGUGCUGGGCAUCAACCGCGGGCGCGUGCCCGCCACCGGCUUCCCCUUCUGCCGCUCCUCGGCCCGCAUGGACGCCGCCAUUGCGCUGGCCAUAUCACACUCCGGCCAGACCUUCCCCACCAUCCACGCCGUGCGCCUGCUGCACGCCAUGAUGCCGGGCCGCGUGUUUGCCAUGAGCGGCUGCAUCGACACCAAGAUGGCGCUGGUGCUGGGCCAGCGGCUGUCACCCGACGCGCCGUUCUGCGAGCGCUGCUUCGACACCAAGGCAGGGUGGCGCUCCGCAGAGCCCGCCAGCAUCUCGGUGGUUGCCACAGCCCACACGCUGACCGAGCUGCUGCUGUACACAGGCGCCGCGCUGGGCACGGCAGACGCCUCCGGCGGCGGCGGCGGCGGGGGCGGCGCCUGCGGCGGCGGCGGGAACCGCGCGCUGGCCUCAGGGCUGCCGCCCUUUGGGCUGGCGCUGGCGGUGGAGGAUCUGCUGGAUCUAAGGGUGGCGCGGGACAGCUUUGUGCAGGCAAGGCGGGCUGGCCGACGUGUCGGCCGGCAGCCAGCCGGAGCGCUGCGGGCCAGCCCUGCGCUGACCGGCGUGGACGCAGCGGGGGCUCCCGUCCCCAGCCAGCACCACGACUCGCUGGUGGCGGCGGGCCGCCGCUGGGCGCUGCACAUCCUGGAGGGGCCCUGGGCCUGGGCGCUGGCUGCCGCCUACAUCGCCGGUACCGUGAUAUCUGGAUACCCGGUGGUGCAUGCGGUGACGGAUGCCAUCACGGCUGCCGCCGGCGCAUCCACGUCGCUGGUGGAUGCCCUUGGCCGCGUAGCCCUCGUGUUUGACUCCAUGAUCUACAUCUGGUGCGGCAUCCUGGCGGCUUGCCUGGUGCAGCGCCGCCCGCUGCUAGCCCGCUGGGGCAGGCGCACGCUGGUGGUAGCCGACGUGCCCUACGUGCACCAGUGCGUGGAGGCCUUUGUGUCCAAGAUGUUUGCCCUCUCCUACGGCAUAGCUUCGGUAGAGGUGCACGGAGCCAACCCUGCCGACCACCUGGUGCACAAGUUCACCCACUGCGUGGCCAGGGGCACCCUGCUGGCCAUCGGCCGCCCCGACGGCCGCCUCUACUCGCCCACCAUGGCAGAGAGCUGGAUCCUGCUCGGCCUGCUGCAAGCCAAGGUCAUCGCCAGCCUUGGCUCGCAGCCCGAGGUGCUGACCCUGGGGCACAACCCUUUCACAAACGAGUACAUCACCACACACCUGGUGCUGCCCACCACACGGCCCAAGGCGAACCUGGACAGAGCGUGCUGUGCAGUGUUGGCGGAGCUGCUGCAGAGCCUGGACCAUUCUGAAGGUGCCAACCCCAACGCCCUGCACGCCGCCCGCCGCCACUUCCUGGCCGGCACCCUGCUCAGCAACGCGGCGGUGCAGGCGGUGCACAAGCACCACUCCGACACGUUCGGAGCCAGCAUGGAUGAGCGCCCGCCGGGCGUCGAGCACGGCGGCGGCUGCGCGGGCGGCCUGGAAGCAGGCGGCGGCAGCGAGCCCUCCAACCUGGCCCGCAAGCCUACCCUUGCAGACCUGACCGACACGCCACUGGGCGGCUUUGGCUCGCGGCGGCGCUCCAUGCGCGGCGGCGCCGGCGAGGGCCUGCAGCGCAGCGACAGCGUGCUGUCCUACGGCGCCGACAGCCACGUGCUGGGAGAGCACCGCCUGAGUUCCAUGACGCGGCGGGACGAGGUGGAGGGGGUGUGGCAGCGCACCUCCAAGCUGGCCAAGCACAGCGACGCGCUAAUGGCGGACGGCAACGCGGACGCCACGCGGGCCGCCAUGGGAUCGCUGGCCAGCCACAUGAGCCAAAUGCUGGAUGACCAGGGCGUGAUGGAGGCGCUGGUGGAAAGCCGCUUCCUGUCCCUGGAGCGCCUCCUCGCCUUCUUCGUCAUGUUCCACGCCAUGGCUGCCCGCGUGGCGGCCGCCUGGCCCCUCACCUUUGACAUCUCCCGCUCCCAAAGCGGGCUGCGCAUCGCCACCACCGCCUCACCCGUCACCGCUAGUGACAUCGACUUCACGCUGGCAGAGGGCCAGGCGGAGCGGCUGCUGCGCGGCGCCAGCGGGCGGCACGCGGCCAUCGCGGCGCGGUGGCGCAGCGCCGCGCCGUGCGCCGCGCGCCUGCGCAGGCUGGGCAAGCUGUGA